AGAAGGUAAAACAAACAAAACCAAACAGUCCAAAGUGAGCAAAUCUUUGGAUUGUCCUAUUUUGCCUAAUUCCGUCGGAUGGACAGAACAAAAGACUAAACAGGGGAUUAGUCGAGACUUUGUUGUGGAUUCCACGCGCCAUUAAAGUUGUGUUUGCUGUUUCAGAGGAACAGAAAAUGAACACAAUAACUCAAAGCUGUGUUCUAUUAUUAUGGAUGCAUACGCUGAGCUUCAUUACAUGUCAAGAAUGUACUCUUGAAGAUUUUAUCAAAGGUCCCAUGUAUGACUCUAAUUUCGAGACAACAAGUCUGGAAGCCACUUACCAAAGUAAGGAUCAGGUGAGAGUCGCCUGUGCUGUUGGCUACAGUGGAUUCUUCAAACUCAUCUGCAAUAAUGGACAAUGGCAGUCUCGUGGUACUAAUUGCGAGCCUGCUUCGGGAUGUCAGCGUCCACCUCACCUUUCGGGCGGAGACACCAAGUUUUCCACUAAACACACGUACGAACACAAUGACAGGGUUGAAUACAUUUGCCAGAAUCAUUACAAAAUGGAGGGUGAACCUUAUAAAACCUGCAAAAAUGGCCAAUGGACUGGCGACAUGAAAUGCCUCAAGCCCUGCAUUGUGGAUAGAGAACUCAUGAACAAGCACAACGUGAUGUUCCUAUACAGGCGGGACAAUAAACUGUACUCGGCCCAUGACGAUACCAUCCAGUUCUUGUGCGUACGAGGAACAACACACGAUGGAGUAUUGGAUAUGCGGCAGAGGUGUAUCGACGGAACGAUUGACCUGCCCACUUGCCACUAGCGUGUUUUGAAACAAUCAUUUAAAAAAAAGUAACUAACCUUGUCUGUGGGCGUCACUUAUUUGUGAGCUCAUUUCGCAACUUCCACCAUUUGAGAUGAUUUUUGACCCUGAAAGAGAAGCCGUUACACUUCAAGGUCAACAUAUUAACCUGUUGAUUAAUUAAACUACAUUAGUGGGAGCUUUUUAUGAUUAUUAGUCAACAUUAGUCGGACUGACAGACGAGGAACACAGGAUGUUUGUGUGUCAACACAUUUGUCAAAAAUAAAAAUAAAAUAUUUAAGACGUC